UGGUCCCCGGGGGCCCCCUGCCUGCAGGCCUUCUUCCCCAGGGCCCAGCCCCAGAGGACGACGCCAGCAGCCUCACCCACGGCUGGGGCACACCCAGAGAGGCUGCCGCCUACCGGGCCCGAAGACCUGGCCGCCCGGGCCUCCGCCCCGGGGCCUGACCCUGCAGACGGCUGCCACCUCCUGGCCUCGGCCGGGCUUCCGGCCUUGAGGGAGCUGCGCCUGCGUCCCCUCCCCAGUAGGUGCCUGGAGCCCCGGGAGGAGGGGGCCGCCGCCCCCGGGGGCCCACAGAGGGGCCCUGAAGAAGAGCAGGACAAGGCUGGGCCCAAGACUCGCCCCAGCCCCCCGAGCCUGGCCCCAGAGCCUUCCAGGACCUUGGGCUACAACCUGACCCCCUCUCCUCCCAAGUCCCUCAUGCCAUCUGACAGGGGCAGCAGCUCCUGGGGGUCCACAGAUCUGCAGUUCUGGGGGCGUCGCCUCAGAGCCCUGGGUAGUCUGGGGCCUGGCCUGGGUCAGGGGCUGGCUGCAGUGACUGCUCUGAGAGCCCUAGAGGUGGCCUCAGGCCCCAGCCCUCGAGCCGAAGGCUGUCCAGACCCAAAGCCGGCACCAGAUCCAGCAACCAGACCCCCAGCCUCCGAUGCAUGCCGCACCUGCCUCAUCACCCCAGCCCAACCCCACCCCUAGUGUACACCACUACCCACUGCCAGGCUGGCCUGGGUGGUAGGCAAGGGCCCCAGGGCGAUCGUGGGAGCCCCCGUGUGAACUCUGGCCUCACAGAACCCAGAGGACCUGGGCGGGUGUGUUAGGGGGUGGGAAGUGAGCCUGGCACAGGAGAGGACCCUCUUGGUAGAGGGAAGUUAGGAGUUGGGACCACCACGCGUGGGAAGAGGGGGAUCCCAGGAGAGAGUGGUCCAACUCGCCACCGCUGGCCCAGCUGCCCACCUCUUCCGUGUGGCCUGGCCUUCCCAGGAGGAGCAGACUGGGCCCAGGCCGAGGUGGCUGCAGCUGGCCCCUGGCCAUCCCCUGGCCAGCCCUCCAGCCGCCCCAGGGCUCUGAGCCACCCCUGGGUUGCUGCGGUCCCGAGCAGAGGCGCUUGCCCUAGGCUAACCAGGGUGCGACAACGCCUCCCAUCCCUGGUGGACUUGUGGGCUUCCCCGCGCGGGGAUGGAGUGGCCAGCUCCCUCCUCUUGGGGCCGGAUACCCGUAAAACCAAGCGAAUCAUUUUCGACUCUCAGGUGUACAGAAACGCGGUUUACUUGGUAGGCGGCGUUGGUUCAAUAAACUAUACAGCUGGCACCGCCUGCCUCCGGCGCUUUCUCCCCGCCCCGCCCCGCAGCCACAGUCGUGGAGACGCGGGAGCACAGGCGACGGUGCCGCCGCCCUUGCCUGGCCCUACACCUGCCAGCGCGAGUCCGCGGUGAUGGGCGGGCAGCUGAGGAAGCGGAAGCCGAACCUGCUCUCGGCCGUGCUCUGCACCGACAGCGCCACCAUCGGACAGCCGCGGUCCACGCUCUUCCGGCGCACCUGGGGGGGCGGGGCCUGAGAGGCCGC